AUGACGAUCAAAAGCGCACUCGCCAUCUUCGGCAUUCUUGCAACAACGUUGGCAAGCCCAUUGGUAACUCGGGAAACUCCCGUGGAAAUGUCAUUGGAAACCCGAGAGGACAAAUGCUACCCAAAUUCCAUGGUUGACAACAAGAAAAUGGGGAAUUGCCCGCAUAAAACCAAUGUUGAUAAGGAUGGCCAUUGCCCGAACAUCAACCGUAUACCGGGAAGGGAAGGCUGUUCCGCCUAUUGCGAGUUGACACUCUCGAAAGGCUACGGCCAAGAGAUCCCUUUCCACCAAGGCUAUUGCCAGGCGAAAACCACUUGCAGCGUGGCCAAUUCCGAGAGUGUUGCAACCACACAAACCUGGUCGGUCAACGCAAAUAUUGGUAUGGGCACUGGGGAAGAAGUUAGCAAGGCCCUAAGUGCCGUUUUUAACAUAGGGGCCAGCUAUUCCCAGAGCAAGACCCUGACCUACACGGUCACUACAACACAGUCGAAGGAGCUGGGUAAAAACCAAUGCGGUUAUUGGACCUUCAUUCCAUUUGUCAUGGAAUCUUGCGGAACCCUUACCUCAGUUACAAAAAAGACCAUGACGGCCGGGUACUACAAUACCAAUACCGUGUCCUACUGUGAUACCAAGGGCUCUAAGGCUGACCAUAAGAAUUGGUGCAACAAGUCUAUAUACAAGGAUGACAAGGGACGCCCUGAUGGGCAAGUCGUCUUCAUCUUUGUUGACUGCGCCCAUGGGGGCAUCUUGAAAGACAACAAGAUUCCGGGGGGUGAGACGCAGCCUGCUGCCAUCUGGUAUCCUGGUGUUUCUACCGGUCCUAAGUAG